CGUUGUUUCAGAGAGCAAAAUGAGAUUUGACAAUGGUAGUCAGAAUAUUUGUAAAUAUCGACCAAACGUUGAAGAUUCACCACGCAUUCAAUGUAUUAGCGCAGAUGCUGAAGCUAAACUAUGAAAACAAAAACACACGUCGACAACAACAUUGCUACAUUUUCUUUAGAAAAUAUUUCGUGGAGUUUAUAUUUUGUACUUUUGUUGCAACCCAUUAAUUAUUCCAUCUAAUUAGGUAAUUGAUGAGUGGAUUGAUAGAGAUCAAGGGGAUUACAGUUAUCUCCUUCAAAUAGUCACGGAAGCAGGGAGAAGGCAUUUCUUUAAGAUGAGCCAUGCUCAAAGCCUGCACUGAACUGCUGGGUGCGGAAUGGUAAAGAAUUACUCUUCAUGAACAGGUGAGCACGAGAUUAGUUCACAAAUAUCUUCUGGAACAAUACAUUUAUCAUGGAAGAAAGAUCAGACAAAGAUAUUGCACAGAUGGAGGUGGAACAGCUCAACAUUGAGAUGAAGCUUGAGCGGCUCCAGGUGUCCAAAGCAGCUGGAGAUAUAAAGGAAUAUGUGGAAUCAAAUGCUGCAGAAGACCCUCUUCUUAAAGGUGUCCCUGAAGACAAGAAUCCAUUUAAAGAAAAGGGUGGUUGUAUUAUCUCUUAGCGUAACGUUUUAAGUCAAUAUCUAAUUGGCGCAUUGUUUACGUGAUAAACCUUACUGGCUGUGUCAGGUGGUGGAGGGUUACGAUACACUUAUACUUACGCGAUCUAACCCAAAAACCUUAUUAUAAAUCAAUAUCAUUGGUUGCAUUUUUAUUAUGAAAUCCAUAAAUGACUAGAAGCUGUGUUCUUCAAUCUGCACAUUAUUUGCAUGAAAUUAUCAGUUAUUAAAUGGUUUAUCACCUUAAACAUUUAUUUUUAUUUUUGAGUAGCACCUGUGCUGGUGAUAAAAAAGUAACAAAGCAGGACUAGGUUGUAAUAUUAAUGAAACAAUGAAUAAAUCGUGAUGCUGUAGUUAGAGUACACAAUUUUCAGAACGGUCACAACUUUAAAUCAACCCAUGUCUGCGGUCAUUCAGAUUAGUUUCACUUUGUGGAAAGUCUGCAUGUGAAUAAUCUUAUCGAGGAGACUGAACCCCACCUUGAUAACGUUAUAUUUCCAUCACUGACGCAGAGCCACCGACAGAGAUGACUAAUGCCUCAUUGCUCAUUUGAGCAGAGGCACUUUGGACAACAUUUAAUCAGGGGUUAAAUAUCUCGAAUAUCUCGUCGUAUCUAAACAGUAUUUAUCAUCCAUCUGAUGGAAAUUUCAGAUAAAAACUGAACUAAAAAAUGGAUCAAGAUAUCAGGAAUUAAUCAAUGUUUCAGCCCACAACCUUUUCCCCAUUCCUGUAGUCUUAUAGAAAGCUAAUGGUGGAGAUGGCCAACCUUGAAAAGCACCAGCACUAUUGCAGACUUAUAGAGCAUUCAUAAAUGUAAAAGACCAACUGAAUACAAUUCAUUUGAUGUUUUCUCAAUACCACUUUAAAUGGCAAAAAGGUGUGUUAUGCAACUGACCAUGGUCCUAUCAUAAUAGAAUUAUAAAAGUUAAUCCUGUUCGCCAAAAUAUAUGACUAUCUUCCCAGUAGAUUAAAAUGUAUAUUUAAAAAUGACAUUAUUCGUUGUCUUUAUACAUAUGAAAUAGCUUUAAAUUAGUAGGCAGUGUUAUAAAAGCACUCUGUGUUGUGAUUUCAACAAUCUGAAUUUAAUUAUUGAACGCAAGUGAUGUUUAAAACUGUAUAUCUAACUGUCUUGGGCUUCCAAUAGGUUUACUCAGCCUAAAAUGAGUAUCUCAUGUGGUGUGUUAACAUCACAAAAAAGGAGACAAACGUGGCCAAGAGAGGUUCUGGCCACAUUGCCCCUUUAUGCGGAGAGGAUAUGUUUUUGGUUGCUUAGAAAAAGUUAUUAAAAUUCUUUAGUAACAUAAUUAUGGCAUGCAAAGGUGCACAAUGCUGUAUUUUGACACUUAAAAUUGCCAAUAAAGAAUCUGAAGUCU